GGAAGCUCAGCCCAGGCACUAAUCAAAUCGCAGGCUAAUAAUAAACUCCCUGAGUAAUGAGUGGUCUGGGCCAGAGCAGACGAAAGGCCGGAGCAGCAGGGGCUGGAGGUGUAUUCUCCGCAGGGCCUGUGGCCGGGAGUGGCUAUGGGGCUUUGCCCCGAAGAGCAGUACUGGGACAACCUGCUGAGCAGCUGUGUCUCCUGCAAGCCGGCCUGUGGCCAUCGGAGCCAGCGCACCUGUGCAGCCUUCUGCAAGUCACUCAACUGCCGCAAGGAGCAGGGCAAGUACUAUGACCAUCUCCUGAGAGACUGCAUCAGCUGUAUCUCCAUCUGUGGGCAGCACCCCAAGCAGUGUGCACACUUCUGUGAGAACAAGCUCCGAAGCCAGGGGAACCUCCCUUCAGGGGUCUGGAGAUCGCAGGCUGGGGAGACGGAUGCCCGGUCUGAUAACUUGGGACAGUACCAGGGACUGGAGCCCCGAGGCUCAGAGACGGGUCCAGCACCUCUAGGUCCAAAGCUGAGCAGUGACCAGCUGGCCCUGGUCUACUGUACACUGGGGCUCUGUCUCUGUGCCAUCAUCUGCUGCUUCCUGGUGGCAGUGGCCUGUUUCCUCAAGAGAAGGGGUGAUGUGCUCUCCAGCCAGCCCUCCACAGGACUGUGCAGACUGCAAGACAAGUCCUCCCACGACCCCGCGACGGAAGCUGGUGGCCUCGCCUGCGUAUCGCCCGAACCGGUGGAGACGUGCAGCUUCUGCUUCCCAGAGCGCAGGGCGCCAACCCAGGAGAGCGCGGGCACCCCGGACACCCCCGGCCCCGCCGCGGGUCAGGACGCGUGGGGGCGCUGCGCGGGGACCGGCGGCGGCCUGGGCGUGGUGUGCGCGCCCGCGCAGGACUGGAGCCCGGGCGCGUGAAAGUCGGGGUCUGGGGGCGACCGAGAGAAGUGGGGAGAGACUGUGAGGUGCCCAGGGAAGGAGGCUGAGACCGACAGAGGAGAGGGAGGAAAGAGAGGAGGCAGAGCGACGCCGGGUGGAGGGCGGACCCUCUUCGUCCCCUGACCCAGUGCAAGCCGUAGGGCGACACCGCCUGCACAAACCCGGGGAGCCCCCUGUCCGAAUAAACGUGCUGGCUGCCGUCUCCUCCAGGG